UACUGUGCCAAUGGAGGGGUAGCGUAGAAGAUUUAAGAGUAAGGUCAGAGAGAGAGAGAGAGAGAGAGCAGCGGAUUAUAAAGAUUGGUAUUAUUUGGCUUCACUGCUUCUUCUCUGAAGGGGAAGGCUAUUUUCUUGGUGAAGAAUUGCUCGUCUUCUUCUGUUUCAAUCUGCAACAGAAAUCGAAGAUUGGCCCAAGAACCUGCUGAGCUCUUUGAAAUUAUUGCUGGUUCAUUGGUGGUUGUUUUGUGAAUUUCAGUUCCGAUAUCUGUUGGAGUUUCGUCUAUUGAAUGCUUUUCGUGUGUAAAUUCAAGGAUCUGGGUUCUGGGUUUUUAGGUUUUGACCCUAUGAUUUUUUUCUUUGUGGGACUCGGCUCGGUAUUCCGGUCUUUGUCUUGACUUUUCCGUAGAGAAUGUCAAAUUUGAGUUCAUUUUCUAAUAUUCGAUGGGAACUAUUUGUGUUCGAUCGUUUUAGUUGAAUUUGUCUGAGUUGGGGUUUUGCAUUUGAAGUUGAAUUGGUCUGAAAUCUCCUUCCAUUUCUGGUAUUUCUGAAGUGGGGUUUUCUCUGAUCUGUAUUGAGAUCCUUUCCGAUUGUCUUCUGGGGGUCUAGGGUUCGGACCUGUAUAAAUCUUUUUCCAAUUCCUUUUCAAAUUUGAUGGGCUAGAAAUCCCCCCUUUUUUGUUAUUCUUGUUCCAAACUUUUGCUUCCUAAUUUCUCUGGGUUCCAUUUUGAGAACGAGCUUAAAUGCAUCUUUCACUAUGGAAAAAUCUGUCUCAAUGCGCCGCUGCUCUAUUAAUGGACAAGAAGAGCCGAAGAAGAGACGGGUCUAUCUCCGGACACGACGCCAAGAAAAACUCGUCAAUUCUCCGAAAACUGCAAGAAAACAAGCUCAGAGAAGCUCUCGAAGAAGCAUCUGAAAAUGGGUCUCUCUUCAAAUCGCAAGAUAUUGAUGAAUCCGACGGAAACCAAGACGACGGCGGCAGCGGCCUGGGCCGGUCGCGUUCGCUCGCCAGACUCCAUGCGCAGCGGGAAUUCCUACGCGCCACCGCGCUCGCCGCUGAGCGCACUUUCGAGUCUGAAGAAGCCAUUCCUGAGCUCCAUGAAUCUUUCUCCAAGUUCCUCACUAUGUACCCAAAUUACCAGUCCUCGGAGAAGAUCGAUCAGCUGAGGUCCAACGAGUACUCGCAUCUUUGUUCAAAGGUAUGCCUCGACUACUGUGGGUUUGGACUUUUUUCUUAUGUUCAAACUCUUCACUAUUGGGAAUCCUCCACAUUUAGCUUGUCUGAGAUUACUGCAAAUUUGAGCAACCAUGCCCUAUAUGGAGGUGCUGAAAAGGGGACGGUAGAACAUGAUAUCAAGAUCAAAAUCAUGGACUAUUUAAACAUUCCUGAGCAUGAAUAUGGCCUUGUGUUUACUGUGAGUAGAGGGUCAGCUUUUAAAUUGCUUGCUGAUUCAUAUCCUUUUCAUACCAACAAGAAAUUGUUGACCAUGUUUGAUUAUGAGAGCCAGUCUGUGAAUUGGAUGGCUCAAUGUGCUAGAGAGAAAGGUGCAAAAGUGUAUAGCGCAUGGUUCAGAUGGCCAUCCCUGAAACUCUGCUCCACUGAUUUGAGAAAACAGAUUUCGAAUAAAAGGAGGAAGAAGAAGGACUCUGCUACUGGGCUUUUCGUGUUUCCGGUUCAGUCUAGAGUGACGGGGGCAAAGUAUUCAUAUCAGUGGAUGGCUCUGGCGCAGCAGAACAACUGGCAUGUGCUGCUUGAUGCAGGAUCUUUGGGUCCUAAAGACAUGGAUUCACUUGGACUAUCCCUUUUUCGGCCGGAUUUUAUUGUUACAUCGUUCUAUAGAGUUUUUGGGUUUGAUCCAACUGGUUUUGGAUGUCUGCUAAUCAAGAAAUCAGUAAUGGCUAGUUUACAGAAUCAUUCUGGGAGUACAGGGUCAGGAAUGGUGAAGAUAACUCCUGAAUAUCCCUUGUACCUGAGUGAUUCGAUUGAUGGUCUUGAUGGAUUUGCUGGGAUUGAAGAUGACGGAGUCUCUGAGAAUGUAGAUAAAGACUCCGAAACUCGCCAAAAAUCUCAGUUGCCCGCUUUCUCUGGUGCAUUCACAUCUGCUCAGGUUAGAGAUGUAUUUGAAACUGACAUGGAUCAUGAAAGUUCCGAGAGAGAUGGUACGAGCACUAUAUUUGAGGAAACAGAGAGUAUCUCUGUCGGAGAGGUGAUGAAGAGCCCGGUAUUCAGUGAGGACGAGUCAUCUGAUAACUCAUUGUGGAUUGAUUUAGGCCACAGCCCACUUGGGUCUGAUAAUGCUGGCUUUAACAAACAUGAAAUUGCCUCCCCAUUGCCUCCGUAUUGGUUUGCAUAUCGAAAUAAUAGACGACAAUCUCCCAAACCAACUUCGAAAAUAUAUAGCAGCCCACUCUAUGAUGACAGAGAAGUAAGUUCAAGGCCAGCUGAUGAAAGAAAUAUGCUGUCAUUUGAUGCAGCUGUCAUGUCAGUUUCUCAAGAGCUCGAUCGUUACAAAGAGGUCGGUGGGGGUAAAGAUUCAGUAUUGAGCCCGGCCUCACAUAGUGGUAAAAGGAGUUCAGAUCACGUGGAUGUGUUGGAGGUAGAUGAUACUAGCAAAGCAUUUUCGAAUGGCUCUGUCUCAAAUUGUGAUGUCCAGGGAUCUCGUCUUGGCCAUUCGACUUCUGGCUCCCAGCACCAUAACUUAGAGAAUGGUCCAAUCUCUGAGAUUUGCACAGAGAUUAAGGAGAGUGCCAUAAGACGGGAAACUGAAGGCGAAUUUAGGUUGCUGGGACGACGGGGGAAUAGAUUUGCUGGUGGAAGGUUUUUUGGUGUGGAUGAAUCUGAACUGCAGAGCAAGGGAAGAAGAGUCUCUUUCAGCAUGGAAGACAGUGGUAAAGAGCACCAAAGCUGUAAUUUGGAGCCAGGUGAAACGUCUCUGACUAGCUUGGACGAUGAUGAGGGUACCACCGAUGGUGAAUAUGGGGACGGACAAGAUUGGGACAGGAGAGAACCUGAGAUAACAUGCCGCCAUAUCGAUCAUAUCGACUUGUUGGGUCUUAAUAAAACCACCCUCAGACUAAGAUUUCUGAUCAAUUGGCUUGUGACAUCAUUACUCCAACUGAGAUUGCCUGAUUCAGAUGGAAGCAGCAGCAGAGCAAAUCUUGUUCAAAUUUAUGGUCCGAAGAUAAAAUAUGAAAGGGGUGCUGCGGUAGCUUUCAAUGUGAGAGACAAAGUUAGGGGGCUAAUCAACCCAGAAAUUGUACAGAAGCUGGCUGAAAGAGAAGGUAUAUCUCUAGGGAUCGGUUUCCUCAGUCACAUACGCAUCGUCGACAAUCCGAGACAUCAAAGAAGUGGUUUGAACCUAGAGGACACUACCCUUUGCAGACCAAUGGAAAACGGCAAGCUUGGUGGAAAGAGCGGGUUCAUGCGGGUAGAAGUUGUGACAGCUUCUCUGGGAUUUUUGACCAAUUUCGAAGACGUCUACAGAUUAUGGGCUUUUGUUGCGAAGUUUCUUAAUCCAACCUUUAUCAAAGAGGGUGCUCUUCCUACUGUUCAAGAAGGUUCAGAAGUAGUAUAAUACCCGAAGCAGCAGCAGCAAUUGACAAUGCAGGCACAGCUUCGAGAUCAUGCCGUUUGGAUGAGGGGAGCAGUAUCUGAAGAAGUUUACUCAAACUCAAAGCAGUAAACUAAGGGGCGCCAAGAAAUGGUUGGAAAGUGCAUUUAUCUUCCCACCGUUCUCGGAUGCUUCGGUCUUCACUUCCAGCUCUCCAGCACAGGCAGAUGAAUUUGUUGAUUCAUACCUAUUUUUACUUGGUUUGUUCUCUUUUUGAGUUUAUUGCUAGAUUGGCUCUGGAGAAAUUGUUAGAUCUCGAGCAGCCAUGGCACCGUGAUCAUGCUGGUAUAUAGCUCCAGAGAGAGCUCAAAUUCUUGAAUCUGUGUAAAAGAAGUGUAGCUCAGAAUUAUGCCUGCUGUAUUUAGCUGAUGCCUAGCAACAUUUCCCAUUUUCAAUUCCAUUUUCUUUUUCUGA